UUAUUACUCUCCCUAUAAGUUGAUUGUGGUUGCAAGUUUCUCUUUCUGUAAGUCUAUGUGAAGUUUCGGAAGUGAGGUUAUUUAUUAAUUUAUUUGAAUUUCAACAUAGCAAAGUGUACCAUAAUGUCAUCAUCGAAAAAUCCACCAGAUUUUGUUUUAAUACCACCACCAUCCGCCUCAGCGAACUCUAAGAAGAAGAAGAAAAACAAAACAAGUGAUGAUUCAAGUGAACCAAGCGCAAGUAAUUCAAAAAGUACUAUUACAUCAGCUGCAAAACGUUUACAAAAAGAUACCGCCAAAGACAUAGAAAAUUUAUUGAAACAAGUGAACAUAGAUGAGGAUAUUGAUAAAACAUUAAAUAUGGUACAAGAAAUUGAUCAAACUUGUGGUGCAUUGAAAUGCAAAGUGAAAGUAAAAGAUUUCGCAAUUACUUGUGAUUAUUGCAAAAAACGUUAUUGCACACAGCAUUAUUUACCUGAAGUGCAUGGUUGCGAUAUACAAGUGAAAAAUGAUUAUCGUAAACGAUAUUUAAAUCAAGUACCAGAGAAAGUACCACAGCAUAAAAAAGAUCAAACCGUUUCAAAGUUUCAUCGAAAAUUGAAAGAAAUGGAAAAUAGCCGUAAGAAACAACCAUCAGGAAAAUCCAAUACCAAAAAAUAAAUAAUUACUAGU